UAUAUAUAUAAUAGCGUGUAGACCUGAGAAGAUAAUUCUGAUUUAGGACGUUAGACAGCUGGAAUCUCGUAUUGUUUCAGGCAAAUAUGGAAGGAACAGCUGAAGAUUAUGAAAGAUUAAGCACCACUUUAAUCCUUCGCUACGUAGAAUCAGCUUUGGAUUUACACUUUCCAAAUAUGAAAUGGUCUGAUGAGGAUAUCAUUUUGGAUAUUGGAUGCGGUACAGGAAGAACCACCAAAAAUAUUCUUCUACCAAAAUGUCCAAAAUUUAAGAAAAUCGUUGCUAUCGACAUAAUGCCUAAAUACAUCGAAUAUGCCAGAAAAAAAUAUUCCGACAAAAGAAUUGAAUACGAGACACGGGAUAUCCUCCAAAGACCAAAUGUUGAAGAAGUGAAAAGAUAUGACAAAAUCGUAUCCUUCUACGUAUUUCACCGGAUAUCCGAUUUCAAAAAACUCUUUUCUGUUAUAUCUUCGAUUUUAAAGCCUGGAGGAUAUUUUUCGUUCACUUUUUUCAUUAAAAAUCCAUUUUUUUCUAUUUUGCAAGAAAUAAGUAAUAUCGAUGAAUGGACGAAGAUCAUAAAGAGACGACAUAUACUUGAUGAACUUCCACCUUUUCUUAAUUGGAAGGAUGUAGAAACAGAAUUUAGUAAUUUCCUUUCAAAAUUUGGUCUGCGAGUGACAAGUACUAACUGUGAAGUUUUCGACGUGUUUUAUGCCAACAAAAAAGCAUAUUUGGAUACUCAGUUAGUAUUAUUACCAGAAAAAAUUUUUAGAGGCAUGCAAAUUGAAGUGAGGAAUCGUCUUUGGAAGCUGGCAGAACCUACAAUUCUGAAAUAUUCUUCUGUAAAUGAAAACGGUGAAUUUUUUAUUAAUUGUGAAGUUUUGCAAAUAUCCGGAAUGAAGACAAUUUAAAUAGCUAAUUGUCGUGUGUAUUAAUUUGAAUCAUUUACUUUAACGUGAAUGUUUCAAAAUGAAAUAUAAUUAUAACC